ACGUGUUCCACGUGUCACUCGCAGCUCGUGGAGCGUUCAGCGCAGACAUUUUUUUCUCCCCGCCACGCGCUUGCGCCGAUCGAACGCGUCGCGCAAACAAUAUAGCAUUCCUUUCUACCUCAACGAUCAACACCUUUCUCCGACGUGAACGCAGCCGAAGAGGUGGGGGACCUGUAAACAUGACCGGAAUGGGCGACAGUCCCCAGGCGACAGCGGCCGACGUCUUCCCGAAGCUCCUCAGAUAUCUCGAGCCGGUACGCCGUCAGCCCACGCUAGACGAGAACGACCUCAUCGAGCCCAGCCCACGUCAGGUGGACCUGGCGAGUCGCGUCUGCGUCCAAGACUGCGUCGUGGCGCUCGGCACUCCGGAAAUGCGAAGCCAGCUCUGCGUCACCUUCCUCUUGUCCCUGAAGGCGUCUCGCGCCGCCAUCGUCGGCGAGAAGAUUUGCGAGGACGGAGACUUUCUCGACUACCUGCGACUCUUCCUGCCUGUCCAAGUCCGCGUGGUGUCUUCAGCCAUGGCCUGGUCCAGGGAGGACUUCCGGGACGCCUAUCUCAUCGUGGAACCCGACGUCCUCUGGACUCUGCUGAAGGACGGCGCCCUCGGGUCAUCCGACGUCGACGCCCUGGUUCUCAGAGACUUCGAGCGCUACCUAGACGCGGACCACGCCUACCGGAAAGUCCUGUCUCGUUUCCAGCAGCCCGCGGCCGCCUCUUCGACACGACUUCUAGCGCUCGCUGACGGUCUGUACGUCGGCAGUCUCGGAGGUCUCGAAUCGGAUCUGCGGUGCCUGAGGACGCCACUGAGGCUGACCUGUCACCUCGGCACUCCCGCGGUGCCCUACACCAAGGAGGUCGCGGUAGAACUGUGUCCCCUCGAGGUUGACUGGCAAUCGGGCGACGACGACUGGAAAUGGGCCAUGGACGUCGUGACCUGCUCGGAGUAUCCCGAAGUCCGGGACGUCGGGACGGCCCUGAACGAGUGGGGCAUCUCCGUGGCGUACGGCGAGGCCAUCAAGACGUUCGCGGUCACGCCAAGAAGCGAGCUGCGAGAAUUUCUGAGACUGAGCCGGAUGGUCCUGACGCCCCUCAAGGGCUACGCCGUCCUCAACUACGUUCAGGGCAGAACGCUAGCCCUGACGAACACGGCGUCCUCGAUGCGCGACCUGGAUAAGUGGCUUCGCGAGGAGGGCUCCGUGACGGUCAUCGAAGAGCCCGACGAGGUCGCCUUGGCAUGGGUGGUGGUUCUGGUGGCGACGACGACCGACAUGCCGACGCUGAGGCGCUAUUGCUGGGACGCCGUCGUCCUGUGUGACCUGCCGUUCGGCGUCUCGUGCGAUGCGCUCUUCGCAAACGCCGACCGCAAGGUGGCACUCGCCACGGAACGCGAGUGGAAGCGUUGGACGGAGCUGCUCGACCUACACGACGAGCUGGACAAGCUACUGCUUCGAGUGAACGAGCGAUCCGUGCUUGAAUAGAAAAAUAUAUUUUGCGUUCGCAGUU